AUGCCCAGUCAACACUGCUCAUUUGAUGAUGAUGAUGAUGAAAAUUCAUCAUAUAAUAAGGAUGACAAAAGGGAUAUUCCUUCAGGUAAAGGUGGUGGUAGUCGUUUAAAAAAUGAACCAUCAUUAUCCUCCUCAUCGUCAUCAUCAUCUACAAGUUCAUUUAAGGAAGAUGUUGUAACAUUCUGUCGUCUAUAUGCCCUAUCUGCUGGUUACAUGUUAGAUGCUGUUGUAAACCUGGACUUUACUGCAAUUGAAACAGUAUGGAAAGCUUUUUGGUGUACAGAAGAAGUACGAGAUUCUCGUUUAAAACAAAGUUUAUCUCAGGAACGCCUUUAUUCACUUGUAUCGGAUCCUGCUAUUUUACAAUUUGUUCGACUUUAUGAUCGUACUUUCUAUCAAUCAUUAGCUGAAGUUUUAAUUCCAAAUGUACUUCGACCUAUUCCGCCAACUUUAACACAAGCAAUCCGUAAUUUUGCUAAAUCUCUUGAAGGUUGGAUGCGUCAAGCCACGCUUGGUUUAGAUUCAGCUCUUGUUGGUUUAAAAGUCUCUGCUGUUUCAGCACUGGCACAAACUCUACGACGUUAUACUAGUCUAAAUCAUUUAGCUCAAGCUGCACGAGCUGUUUUAAAAAAUGCUAAUCAAAUUAAUCAAAUGUUAACUGAUCUUAAUCGUGUUGACUUUAAUAAUGUACAGGAACAAGCUUCAUGGGUUUGUCAAUGCAGUGAUGCUACUGUAAGCCAAUUAGAGCAUGAUUUCAAGAGAAUAUUACAAAAGCAUGCCUCUCUAGAAGAAUGGGCUCAAUGGUUAGAUACAGUAGUUACUAGUAUUUUACAGCCACUUGAAGGUAAUAGCUUAGCCUAUACUAAAGCUGCACGAAACAAAUGA